ACACGAUCAUGCAUACUAUCGUUUUAUCUCUGAUAUUUGUUGCCUGUUUUACCUAUUCCAUGGCAUGUACUUGUUUGCCUCAGCAUCCUCAAGUACAGUUCUGUAACGCUGGCUUUGUUGUCAAGGCAAAAGUCUUGGCUAGAAAACUGGGUAACAACGAAUUUGGACAAGAAGUGAAAUAUGAAGUCAAUAUUCUUGAGGAUUACAAAAACGGUUACGGCCCAAACCUGGGAAGAAGAUCAAUAUACACCGCCUCUAACAGUGCUGCUUGUGGUUCUUACUUUGAAUUGAAUAAGACUUACAUCAUUGCAGGUGGCAUACGAAGAGGUGUUUGGACUACAAAUUUAUGUGCUUUCACUCAUCGUUAUAAAUCUCUAUCAAAAUAUCAACGAAAAGCUUUUGAACGCGGAAUAUACAAAAGAAACUGUGGCUGCAAGAUUGUUGACUGCGUAUUCAGUGGAAGUGAGUGUCCAGCCCAGUCAAAUAACCAGUGUAUCAUAAGAUCUAAUAGAAAUUGUUGGUACACUCAAAAUGCCUGCACAAAAUCAAAGUACGGAUGUGACUGGGACACCCGUUCCUGUAAUGGACAAUAUAGACCAGGAAAAUAAGCGGCACUUAAAAUAAAGAAAUUAAGAAUGGCAAUCGAAAAAGAAUAGACUCGGCAGUAACAUCAGUUAAAACAGUUAACACACACUUUGCAAACUGAUCAAUACCCCUCUCCCCUGAUCUCAUAUCCAAACAGCCAUAUUAUCUAUAAAUAAAGUUUUAACUGAAUUUUGGAAAACAACAACUGAUGAAUAUUAUAGUUUUGAAUUGAUUCUUACGACUAACUGAUUCCAAAUUUUCUAACCGAUAUCCUUCAUCAGAAAGUUAUAUAAUAAC